ACCUCCAAGUGGGGAGUUUCAUUCGCUCCUCUCAGCCACUCAACUGCUCCCUGCCUGGGUGAAGCGGCCUCGCCAACAUCAACAAACCAUGACCUUCUACAGGGACUUCUACGACGAUGGGUGCUACUCCCAGUUUGGGUACGACGACCUCUACGGCUUCGGGGGCCUGAGCGGCUUCAGAUUUGGGAGGCCCUUCGGCUACUCCUGUGAUGGGUUCCGAUAUGGGAGCCCCUACGGCUACAGAGGCUUUGGGAACCUGUAUGGGAACAGGGGUUUCCUUGGCUACGGGGGCUCUUACGGGUAUGGGGACCUGUACGGGUUCGGGUACGGGUACCCCUUCUCCUCCCGCUUCGGGGGCAGGUUCUUCUGAAGAUGGAAUGGUGAUUGAGGACUGGAAGGCAAGGACACGGAUCCACGGCUGGUUUCUGGCGCUGAGAGCGCCCACAGCCCCCUGGCUGAGUGCAGGGGGACACGUGGGUGCCAGGCUGCCUGAAACUACUCCAUGUGUAACUACUCCAUGUGUAACCCUCUCUUAACGUCUCCUAUUUCUUCGACUGUCACUCCAAAGGGCAACUUGAACUGCAGCGAGAGCUGAGGCACCUUCAGAGCCUGUUGGGGGAGCAGAGCAGGACUUUGGGUGUGAGCAAAGUGACUUUAGGUUUCAAU